ACACAGUUUCACAGCAUAGGCCACAAGUGUCCCGACUGUGCCCGGACAAAUGUCACUACAGCGGCUGAACGCGGUCCUGUGAAGACCGAGAGACACCUUGUGCUUUUCCUCACCGUGUGUGAAUAAAACACACAUUCCAGAGCGUUGAAUUAUAAAGGAAUAACUUCUUAUUGCCUAAAGCCGUUCAGCUUGCUAUCUUUGAAGUGGAAAUCUUGGGGGCAUCCGUAUAUACUGUAGGCUACAGUUGGAUAUUUUUUAUUAAGCUGUUCAUGAGGACGGGACAGCUGGGAACAGGUGUACCCAAGUAAAUGGCUGGAUGAUGCUGAACUGAAAGGAUUUAAGGAUCACAGAAAGAACAUAAAGGCUGACUUCCUCCCGUUGGCGUGAAAUGGCCUCUGUUUUGAGCAGUGCCUUGUAUCGCUCAAGCAGAUCUCAGUAAACGCUGGUUUGAGCUGGAUGCUGCUGCAGCAGGGAUGAUCAUGUCCCAUAUGAACGGUUAUGUGCAAGAGGCCUCUGGUCAGGCCAAGAGCCACAGGGAAAGGGCAGUGGACUGUCCAGGAGAGGAAAGUAGCCUUGUCAAAUCUCCACACUGCAGUGCCCACAUGGAGAGGAUUCAGCACUACCAGGAGGAGCUUAAGAAGAGGAGAGAGGAGGACAGCAGGGGGAAGCACGACAUAGACCCCAAUGCUUCACUGAGGCUCAAGAAGCUGUCACAGAACCCCAAGGUGGGCAUUGACAAUCCUACCUUCGAGGGGAAGGAAAAGGCCACCAAAGACACAUGCUCCCAGGAGGCUGUAGUCGGUGAGUUGAAAGAACUGGUGGAACUGCUUCAGGCUCUGAAGUGGGCGCAGCACUGCCUGACUGAUGUGCAGAGCCAGCAGGAUGCAGAGCUGAUAAUGCAGCUCCUUGCCAAGGAGGACUUCAGGAAUGCCUACACCAUCUACAGUGCUGUAUCCCAGCAGAUGACCAGAGUCAGUCCCACCUCACCCCUCACAGCACAAGCAGAGGAUCUCUGCCAGGAGGUCCAAAAGAUUCUCCAGUCAAGCCAACAGAUGGAGGGUUUGGAGCUCAAGGCUCUGCUCACCAAUCCUCAUCUCCAGGCACUGAUGCAGGCCCAUGACAGUGUGGCAGGGCAGGAAAUGUCAGAGGAAGAUGUGGUCGAGUACCAUGGAGAGACCGUUAAACUGGUGCGGCUGGAGAAGGCCCGCGACACGCCACUGGGUGCGACAGUACGUAACGACAUGGACAGUGUGGUGGUGAGUCGUGUGGUGAAAGGUGGAGCAGCAGAGAGGAGUGGCCUUCUCAGUGAGGGAGAUGAGAUCCUGGAAAUUAACGGGAUUUCUAUUCGUGGGAAACACGUCAAUGAAGUCCACGACUUACUGCAACAAAUGCAAGGCACUCUGACCUUCCUCCUCAUCCCGAGCUCUCAGAUUAAACCUGCCCCACACAGACAGACUGUGAUGCACGUGCGAGCUUACUUUGACUACGACCCCUCCGAUGACCCCUUCCUGCCGUGUCGGGAGCUGGGCCUAUCCUUCCAGAAGGGGGACAUCCUCCACGUCAUCAGCCAGGACGACCCCAGCUGGUGGCAGGCCUACAGGGACGGAGAUGAGGACAACCAGCCUCUGGCUGGACUCAUUCCAGGGAAAAGCUUCCAGCAACAGAGAGAGACCUUGAAGAAAACUAUAACAGACAGGAGUCGAGAGCACCAAGGGAAGCUUUGGUAUGCAAAGAAAAACAUAAAAAAGAGGAAGAAGAUCACGUCUACCUUGAGCAGAACUGCUGACUACGACGACAUCCUGACCUAUGAGGAGAUGUCGCUUUACCACCAGCCUGCUAAUCGUAAACGCCCCAUCGCUCUGAUUGGUCCUACAAACAGCGGUCACGAUGAGCUGCGUCGGAGGCUUCUGUCCAUCGAACCGGAAAAGUUUGCUGUUGCUGUUCCACACACAACUAGAAACUCAAGGAUUCAUGAGCGGAAUGGGCGCGAGUACCAUUUUGUGAGUCGGCCUGCCUUUGAAACCGACUUAGCAGCAGGGAAGUUCAUUGAGUCGGGGGAAUAUGAGAAGAACUUGUACGGCACCAGCACUGACUCAGUUCGACACAUCAUCAACUCUGGACGCAUCUGUCUGCUCUGCCUCCACACCAGGUCACUGCAGAUAUUGAGGUCCUCCAACCUUAAGCCCUAUGUCAUCUUCAUCGCGCCUCCUUCUCAGGAACGACUACGCACCCUGCUGGCCACAGAGGGGAAGACACCAAAGCCUGAAGAGCUAAAGGAGGUUAUUGAAAAGGCCCGCGAGAUGGAGCAAAAUUUCGGCCACUUCUUUGAUGCAACCAUUGUGAACAUGGAUCCAGACCAGGCUUUCCACGAGCUGCGCAGGCUGAUAGACAAGUUGGACACUGAGCCACAGUGGGUGCCCACCUCCUGGCUGUGCUAGACGUCACGGGUUGUCAUUGCACGGCGCCUCAGGGUAAUAGGAGUGGGAAAAAUGAAUGUUCCUGGAGAUUUAAAAUUGAAUGGACAGUGGUGAUUGUCACUGGAUUUUCACUUGCACAUUCUCCUCGUUUAUAGAAGUGGUGAUGUUCACCACAUGUUGCAGGGAUAGACUCAAGUUUCUUACAAUUCUUUAUGUUCUUUAUGUUGUGUGUGUGUGUGUGUGUGUGUGUGUGUGUGUGUGUGUGUGUGUGUGUGUGUGUGUGUGUGUGUGUGUGUGUGUCAUUAUGAGUGAUUUUUUUCUGUUCAUUGUUGAUCUCAGUUGUAUGCAAAGUCAUCUAUCAAACACAUAGAAAUGUUUCUAUCCUAUCUUAAUAGUUAUUUAUAAUUGUAAAUAUAUAUUUUCUAGACAAAAGGAUCAAAUAUUUUAUUGUUAUAUUGUGUGUGUGUGUGUGUGUGUGUGUGUGUGUGUGUGUGUGUGUGUGUGUGUGUGUGUGUGUGUACAAAAUGGUACACUCAACUGGGAUGGUGUUAUUGUCACAAUUGUUAAAUGGCUUUCUGAUGAAGCAGUAAGGUACCAAACAGAAGAGAAGCACUUGUGCUUGGAGUGGCUGCAGUGUAACGUCUUCCAUUCAGAAACACCGAACAAUCUGCUGUAACCUGCACAGUUUUGGGCUACUUCCUCUACACCAGUGUCAGUAUUAUUUUAUUGUCUCAUUUCUCAUUUACGCUGUGAUAGCAGACCUCAAAUCUAAGGUAUUGUCUCUAGCUGGUUAUUGUUACUAUUAGUAAAUCAUGCUGCAAAGUACUGCUGCGAUUGUAUUUUUCUACAAGUAUUGUAUGAACAAAACAUCUUGGUGUAACUCAAAUACGGAUUGCUUCCUUGCAGAGUACAUAUUAAAUAAUAAGCACAAUUCUGGAAAAGUGUUAAUAAAAUCAGAUACAUAUGUGAACAAGUGA